GCAUCGCUCCCAUAUCUGAAGCACAAUUUAAGCCCAGCAUCGCUGACCAAUCACAAUUAGUGAACGCACUGCAUCUCUCUGCAGUGAGGAGCAGCCACAAGGUAGGCUGGCAUUCUGCACAAGCUGCCCCUCGCAGGCUCUCGCUCAGAAGCGCUGCUUUUCUUUUUCAGAAAGCCUGAAUCCCAGUGGUGUCUCUGGAGACAAGAAGCCUUCAGUAUGUUAAAUUACUUUCAUUAUGUAUUUUCAGAUGCUUAUUGAUUCUACCGUAGGAAGAGCGGGAGACUGCAGCAGCCUGUAAAGCAGAACUAAAGCAGUGUAUACAUUAGCAGUAUGCUGAAACAAUGGCACAGUACAGGCACAAAUUCUCAUUAAGGUCCUUUUUUGAAGAUAUGCUUAUUACCCUCUUUCCCUUCUACUCUGCUAACAAGUGAACAAAAUGAAUCCCUCCAACCUGGAACUGCUUCACCUGCAUCGAGAAUUUAUCAAAUCUUUAGUGGAGGGCAUGCAGCAACUAAUUCAGUUUUACAACUGACAAUACGAAGAAUGCAGUUGACCGGGUAUCUUUCUAGCUGUAUGACCUACAAGCAGCAGGAUGCAUCACUAAAAUGUAUGCUUAAGACAUAAAGGAAUUAGAAACAAAACAUGGAAAACACUUGUAUCACCAUUUACGUGCACGACACUCCAGCAAUAUACAUGGAAGACUAACACAUCUGCUCAGAUUUUCAUUAGAAGAAGAGUGCAAUGAUUGAUUCUUAAAAUGGUGAGCAUUUCUUAAAGAGGGAUUUAUAAUUUAAAACCAGAAUUGUGGAAACUACUGAUGCAUGAAGAAACAAUGAAAUAUGAAUUCCCAAAAGGAGCAUAUGCAUACUUCACCAGCAAGCUGAAUAAGGGUCUAACCAGGCUUUUUCUAUACUACUUAUUAAAUAACUUAUUUGUCAUAAUGACUAAUGGAUAUUUUUCUCUCCAUUUUAUGGUCUGUUAUGUAUUCUCCUUAAAUGAAAAUAAACCAAAUUAGGUAACUCAUGGUUACUCUCAAAGCACAUGAACUGGAUUUUAUGCUGUAUAGCAACUUCUUUGACUAAGCCAUCACUCAAAAGUAAUGAGCAGGAAUAUUACAGAAAGAAAUACGCAACCAUAAACUGAAGGAUGUCUACAUGCACUCUGAACACAGAGAUCAGAAUUCAUUUUUUUUAAAACCUGGAAAAUAAAAACAGGCUUCUACAAAAUGCAACAGGGGAGAGAAAUUAACAUCUCUUAAAAGAAGGUUUAUUUGUUAUUGCUGGCUCGAAACUCAGAACAGACACGCAGAGUAUGCACUGCUCUGAACAAGUAUCUCAGGUAAUUAAGACGUCCCCGUGUUUAAUCAGAAUUUUUGCUGCUGAACUGCUGGAACAAAACAAAAAAAAAAGAAAAUCAAAACAACCUGCAAGGAACAAAAUAAGAGCCCAGCUACCGCUUGGUUUCCAGGUUACAGUGCAUGUCAGUAUCUGUCAGUGACACCGCGUUUCAGCCCAUGUCACGCUGCUGCGAUGCUCUGAGGGGCCCCUGAGCCUGAGGGACCAGGAGAAAAACCAGCUGCAACAAAAGAAUGUGUUUCUCCCCCAUUCUGGACGUCAACAUGCAGUCUGAAUCGAACAUCACCGUCCGAGAUGCCAUUGACGACAUCGACGCCAACAUGUACCAACCACUGUCAUACCCAUUAAGCUUUCAAGUUUCUCUCACUGGAUUUUUGAUGCUAGAAAUCGUUUUGGGACUCGGCAGCAACCUCACCGUGCUGGUACUUUACUGUAUGAAAUCCAACUUAAUCAAUUCUGUCAGUAACAUAAUUACAAUGAACCUUCAUGUACUUGAUGUAAUAAUUUGUGUGGGAUGUAUUCCUCUAACUAUAGUUAUCCUUCUGCUUUCACUGGAGAGUAACACGGCUCUCAUCUGCUGCUUCCACGAGGCUUGCGUCUCUUUCGCAAGCGUCUCAACCGCAAUCAAUGUCUUUGCCAUCACUCUGGACCGAUACGACAUCUCCGUAAAACCCGCCAACCGAAUCCUGACCAUGGGAAGGGCUGUGAUAUUAAUGACAUCAAUAUGGAUCAUUUCACUUUUCUCUUUCCUGAUUCCUUUCAUUGAAGUCAAUUUUUUCAGUCUUCGAAGCGCAAGCACUUGGGAAAAUAAGACGCUUUUGUGUGUGAGUACAGACGAGUACCACACCGAGCUAGGAAUGUACUACCACCUUCUCGUUCAGAUCCCAAUCUUUUUCUUCACAGUUAUAGUAAUGCUAAUUACCUACACCAAAAUACUCCAGGCUCUAAACAUUCGGAUUGGCACCAGAUUUACAACGGGGCAAAAGAAGAAAGCGAGAAAGAAAAAAACUAUUUCUUUGACCACUCAGCACGAGACUACGGACGUGUCCCACAGCAGCGGAGGAAGAAACGUCGUCUUUGGCGUAAGGACUUCUGUGUCUGUCAUCAUCGCCCUACGCAGAGCUGUAAAACGGCACCGGGAGCGGCGAGAACGGCAAAAGAGAGUCUUCAGAAUGUCCCUCUUGAUUAUCUCAACGUUCCUCCUCUGCUGGACACCCAUCUCUGUUUUAAACACCACCAUCUUGUGUUUGGGCCCAAGUGACCUUUUGGUAAAGUUGCGAUUAUGUUUUCUAGUCAUGGCAUACGGAACAACUAUAUUUCACCCUCUACUUUAUGCAUUCACGAGGCAAAAGUUUCAGAAAGUUCUGAAAAGUAAGAUGAAAAAGCGAGUUGUUUCAAUAGUGGAAGCAGAUCCCCUGCCAAAUAACGCUGUAAUACACAACUCAUGGAUAGAGCCUAAAAGGAACAAAAAGAUCACCUUUGGAGACCACGAAGUAAGGCAGAAAUGUUUAGUACCUCAGGUUGUCACUGACUAGAUUUCAGUACUCACCAAAACUCAUCAAGCAGAAUAUGUGAACAAAUUGUAAAAACCUACUGCCAAAUAAGAAAAACUUUUUUUAACUAUUGGCGAGACUGUACAUUUUCAAUAUAUAUGUUAAAUAGAGUAGGUCUUGUAUAUUCAAUUUCUUCAUUAUGUAAGAUAUAUGUUGCAUGGCCGUUUGUUAGCGUAACACCAUGUGUAUAUUUGUCAAAAAUAUUCAAGUCCUCUUUUUUAGAAAAUAAAUAGCCUUAAAGAAGUGCAAACUUUUAAAAA